CACGAUCUUACAGGAUAACCUUACAGUAUAUGGGAAUACUGCGCGUGUUGUCAGUAGAACUAUGGCCGACGUGUUAUUAAAUGAUUCCAUCACAUGAAGCUAACGUGACGCUAACGUUUGUCUGUCCACGACUAGCUCGCUGCUAGUUAGCAUAGCAUUUGACCGUCCCGGUAGCUUGCUAGCUAGCGUUAGCCAACCGGCAUAUUAACCGGCCAAGUCAUGUCAAUAUUGUGGAUAAAAGGCGAGCUUAUCGAGAGGACAUUUGCUCUUUGGGCCUAAGCGCCCAUCUGGGGGAAAUAAUGCACCUUUGCAAUGGAAAUCGGAGCUCAGUUGAUGCCUCCGAGGUUAAUAACGGACGACGUCGGAUUCAGUUGCGUUUAAGAACUGUUGCAUUUCACGUGUAAGUAAUAAAAGUAAGAUUUCUCACGCCAAAAUGGAGCCUGUCCACUAACCGUGUGUCGAUCACAUUCAUAUUGUCAGUCUACGUGAUAACGUCCCCUUAUUAUCAUCAUCACAUCGUAUUUACAUCGCAUUGUUCGAAUCUGAUCAAAGUCGAUCCAUCUACAAUAGGAACUCAUGGGCUUUUUAGAUUUUCCUCCUCAGUUUUUCUCUCCCAUACUGGAAGAGAAGAACAGUUGUAGAACCAGUUUGUUCUUGACUGGUUAAUUCAAUCUUAGCUGCCACUGCCGGCCGGUUGGCCGGCCGCUCCGUCCUUAUUAUAAGCUUGUGGUCUUCUGCAUGCCAUGUGCUAGUCGAGUCUUUGAAAUGUCAUUGCAGUCGUGCCAAAGCCAAAGAUUUACUUCCCCAUGAGAAUCCUUGUCAUGCAAUUGCUAUCAUGUCACAUAUGAAGCCCAAAUCCCAACGUUCUCGAGGGGGACGAGAACCGCAGCCGGAGUUUGGAUUUCCCUUUCAACCAUUUGAAGGCUGGUCGUCCAUGGGACUUUGCAGCCUUGCUGCAGGUCAUGGUGACGUACUGAGCAGGGUUGUGUGCUGAAUGGCUGUCAGCAGAGGGGGCCUUCUGGCCUUCUGGGUGGGCUGCGUCCGCAUCCACGGCAGAAGGCAGCCCAUCACCGAGCACAUCAGGAGUAGUCGUAGUCAGCCGAUCGAUUUGCAGCGCCUCUGCCCAAGCCGUCCUCUCAGCAGUGCGUCAUGGGCCCUGGCGUCGCCCAAUUGCACGAGAUGUCAGCAAGCGGUUGUGUCGCAUCAUCAUCACGUCAGCUGGCCGCAGGGGGCCGCUUACCUGGACGACCACUGGGAGGAAGCGCUCGGCCUGUGCGUGCUGGUGCGGCCCAGUGAGUGGAGCGGCCUACGCACGGUGGUGGAGAUCCCCCUCUUUGGUCAGACAAGAGCAGCAGAGGUUCCGGGAAGUCACGAGUCCACCGACUUUUCCUUCCUAUUGACAACGGUGGACGGCAGCAGAGAGGAUGACAUCAGCAUCGGCGGCGGCGGCAGCAGCUUGAGGAGAAGCGGCGCGCACGGCCCAAAUCGACAGCACAGCUGUUUCGGGAGCCUCUUUGAAGCCGAGAGUUGCCCGGCGCCCUUCGUGUACGGCUCGCGCUUUUACUGUUUCCAUUCCCCGGGAACAGACGCCACGGCCGGCGGCAGCCCCAACUCUCGGCAGGCUAUUGGAUCGGAGAGAAACAAGAUGGAGGGGUUUCCCUGUCAUCCCGACCCUGCGUAUAGUCGGGAUGUAAGAACAGAGGGCUCGCAAAAUGAAGGAGACAAUGAAGGAGAGCGAAAGCUGGCCGUGGCAUAUGACAGACUAAGGACGGAGCUUCCAAAUUUCUUCCGUAAGAAUCACGACUAUACCAUGUACUCCCGUGACGUUGAAUUCAUCAACGGACUUGUCAACACCAAGACCAGGGGACGUGCCAUCUACCGACUCAGCACUUCGCUGUGGCGCCUGCUGUGUCUGUUCUAUUUCAUUGACGUCCGGCUGGAGGUGCUGAAACUGACCAAGCACGUGGAAGACGGGACCAUUAAGGCUCGCUGGAGGCUCCGGGGCCUUCCCUUCCUGACACUGAUGCUUCGCUUCUACCGCAAAGACAAAUCACACCUGUACAGCUCCUACGACGCUUUCUCCACAUUCUACAUAGGACGCGAUGGACUCAUCCAUUGUCAUCAAGUUGAAAAGGUGAUGCCAGCUCAGCCCCCGGCCCUGCCCAGAGUCACGUCCCUCCUGGCCAGCGCUUUAGUAGCUCUGGGGGUGGAGGAAAACCGACCCGCCCUCAAUCUGCUGCCCUCCCUCUUGUCAUCACUGCGGCAGCUCCGAGAAUGACGGACGCACGGCGCUUGGAGCCAAAUCAUGUCACGCUGAAGGUCCGCAAGACUCUUUCUUUGGCAUUAUAGCAACAAGAGCUGUAGCACAACCCGUGAUCUCCUUGCUUUAUCACUUAGUACACUUACUAACUGACCGAGUGUUGUGAAAAUGCUACAACAUGCAACUUUGGUUUACCAUCGCCAAGUUCAUUGUUGAUGGAUGGAGAUGCACUGGAAGGAUGUUGAAUUGGGUCUUCUUCCAUAUCUUUUCGUCUGCAUUGCUAGAUGUUCAUCAUCAUCAUCAUCAUAUCUUCUCGCAUACUGUUUCCCUCGAAUACGCCGUUAAACAUUGUCACGGUAGAUGUUUGAAGCUUAAAAAGCUGUCCAUGUGCACUAUGAUGGCAUUGGGGGAAAAAAACAACCUUCCAAACGGACUAAAUCACUUCACAUACUUCACGGGAAAGUGUAGACUUAGCUAGAUACUAUACUAUUUAGUCUUGUGUACUUUAUUUAAUGUCAAAUAUUACUUUGCACACGAGUGCGCCACUAAAUCUGCUUGAUUUAACUUUCACGUGUGCUUUUUGCAUGACCUUUCCCCAUACACAAAUGAAGUCACGACAAGACUUUGAUCCACCCAGACUUGUUCUAGUUGAUAUUCAAUAAAGUUCCCAAUAAUGACAACAA